CUACUGCAUUCCAAUAGAUAACACCCGUCAUCCGCGCUUCACAAUCAUGAUAUCUGAUCUUAUCAAGCCCCUCGCACUUUUCUGCCGCCAAUCACAGUUCCAGCGAUACAUCAGACGAAUCAGAAAUCUUGGGGAUGCAUGGCGUAGCUUUACCGAAGAGCCUCUUCCUGAGUCUGACGAAAGAGCUACUUUACUAGAGACCAGCUUUGGCUUGGUCUUCAAUAUCACAAAUGCACUGGACGAGCAAUCCGGGUCGGACACAACGAAUGUCGAAAUAACAACGCAAGAAUCUCCUGCGUCCUUGAUGACCAAGGAACCUCCGUCACUAGACCCUCCUCGCCACUACCGGAUCUUCGCCGACUGGGGCACGGACUUUCUCUGGAGAGAUCCCGAUGAUCUCAGGGACGAGGAAGGUGACUGCAUGCUAGAUGCAGAAGAGUUCCUCUCGGCCUACCUUCCCUCAGUGUUCGAACACUAUGACGCAUGGGUGGACACAUACACAGAGAAUUUUAACGAGCGACGCAACAAGACUGGAGACUUUCACGCCUUUACUUUUGCCACAGUCGCUGAAGAGGUGGCCUGGAAUGUGGCCGGGUACUUGCUGGCUUGGCGAAUCGCAAUGGCGCCUCAGGUUGGGAGAAUCGAGCUCAGUGUUGGCGACUCGAAGUACUUGAUUGAGAAGGGAAAGGAGACGAGCGUAACUUUGGAAUUUCUACGGGAUCAGGCUGAGAUGUUGGCAAAGGGGGAGCGUAUAGCAUAGCGUGAGUUGACUAUAUGCUAUGCAUGCGACGAGUGCAUCUUCGUGUAGGAGUCUCACUGUAAGCGAU